CUGUAUGUAUGAGGAGGAGUCUCCUGGAACAUAGUCCUGCCAUGGAUGAGGAUGUUCAGUUCUUCUCCACAAUGAAUGAAUGUUACUAUGAUAAGCAGAUGGACUUUUUUUAUAAUAGGAGCAACACUGACACUGCCGAUGAGUGGACAGGAACGAAGCUUGUGAUUGUUUUGUGUGUUGGAACGUUUUUCUGCCUGUUUAUUUUUUUUUCUAAUUCUCUAGUCAUCGCAGCAGUGAUCAAAAACAGAAAGUUUCACUUCCCCUUCUACUACCUGUUGGCUAACUUAGCUGCUGCAGAUUUCUUUGCUGGAAUUGCCUAUGUAUUCCUGAUGUUUAACACUGGCCCAGUUUCAAAAACUUUGACUGUCAACCGCUGGUUUCUCCGCCAGGGCCUGCUGGACACUAGCUUGACUGCCUCCCUGACCAAUUUGCUGGUUAUUGCCGUGGAGAGGCACAUGUCAAUCAUGAGGAUGCGGGUCCACAGCAACCUGACCAAAAAGAGGGUGACGCUGCUCAUUUUGCUUAUCUGGGCCAUCGCCAUCUUUAUGGGGGCAGUCCCCACGCUGGGCUGGAAUUGCCUCUGCAACAUCUCCGCCUGCUCUUCCCUGGCCCCCAUUUACAGCAGGAGUUACCUCAUUUUCUGGACUGUGUCCAACCUGGUGGCCUUCUUCAUCAUGGUUGUGGUAUACCUGCGGAUCUACAUGUACGUCAAGAGGAAAACCAAUGUCUUGUCUCCACAUACAAGCGGGUCUAUCAGCCGCCGGAGGGCACCCAUGAAGCUAAUGAAGACGGUGAUGACUGUCUUAGGGGCGUUCGUGGUGUGCUGGACGCCGGGGCUGGUGGUUCUGCUCCUCGACGGCCUGAACUGCACGCACUGCGGCGUGCAGCACGUGAAGCGCUGGUUCCUGCUGCUGGCGCUGCUCAACUCCGUCAUGAACCCCAUCAUCUACUCGUACAAGGACGAGGACAUGUACAGCACCAUGAAGAAGAUGAUCUGCUGCUGCUCUCAGGAGAAGAACCCGGAGAGGCGCCCGUCGCGCAUCCCCUCCACGGUGCUCAGCAGGAGCGACACGGGCAGCCAGUACACGGAAGAUAGUAUUAGCCAAGGCACGGUCUGCAAUAAAAGCAGUUCCUGAGCCGCCGCCCCUCCGCGCAGCCAGGCCGCCUCUGGGGAAAGAGCUGUUAGGAAGGGAUGGCUACCUGUCUGUAGCAAAGCCCAUGCACAGUGUUAUUUGAGGUCUGACUUAGUCACUGCUAGAUUUAUUUUUUUGGGGGGGGGAGUUAAAUUUUUCAUAGUUUAAAAGCACGGGCAGUAAAGAGAGGACACGGUGCAUUUAGAGGGAAUGCACGGAAAGGGAGGAGACUGCGCGGCGGGUUCCCGCUUGCUGUGCUGGGGACUGCGCAGAGCCCGCCAGCCCGGGCGCCUUUGGGGCUGGCCCCCAUCUCAGAGCCAUUCUCCGCGUUGCAAAAAGAUGUUGUUAAAAGGGCUUAGGCCAAAAAAAAAAUAAGUAAUAAUGUUACUUGAGCCACCUUAUGUAGCUGCUUGGAAAGCCUAUGUAGUUCUAGCUGCAUGCAUUUAAAGUUUUUAGAAGUGCUUCAGCAGUGGUAUGUUUUUCCUCCAGGAAACUAUGGCCAGUAGCUAGGUGUUCAAAUAGGAAUCUAAGAAUCGGUCGGUAAGGGCUCCAGGUUAAACUUACUUUGUAACCAAAAGAACAUUCUGAGGAAAAGACUUAAAAAAAUAACAACAAAAAAGGUAAACAUUCAAAACCUUGUUUGAAGUGAAAAAGGCCGUGAUAUGUGGUCCUAUUAGCGUGUACGUGUGUAUAUGCAUGUAUAUAUUUAUACAGUUGAACUUUGUAUUCAAAGACUCUAGGGACAGCAAUGGUGAGAUAGUCACUGGCUAUCUAGACUUUCCAGUCUAGGACUAUAGCUGUAGAAAUGAUCUGUUGUGCUCUAAAAGAAUAGAGAAAGAGGUGUUCACUUGAAAAUAGACAUUUUUAUACAGCAGAGUAGGAGGUUUAUUGACAAGCAGGCUGAUGCCUUCCGUUAGAAUCGAAUAUGAGCUUGACUCUUUAUUUUCAGUUACCUCCAUACCACUGGUGGCUUGUCGGAUUUAGUGUGUGGAAUAAUUUCACAUCUCAUUUUGCCCAAGGUUAUCAAUAUGCUUCUAGUACUUGUUCUACUUGUGAACUGAAUUUUGAUCUGGGUUCUAUUUUGAAUUUUUCUCCUUCAAAGACCUAAGUUGGCAACAUGGAAGGCAAGUCAGUAAGAAAGAAAACUAAUGUUUUAUACACAUAGGCUACUGACCAAAGUUUUCUAUGUAAAGCGUUAAGAGUAUAUUCUGAUUUAAAAUAAGAAUAACUUUAAGGCAGAUAUUAUAGUAUUUAUGUAGUUUGCAAAAGAAGUUUACAUUUUUUUUUUGCUGUUUUGAUGUAACAUUUAUGUGCAAGAACUACUUGUAAUAAAAGGAUUUGAGAAGUCAUGCUUUUAGAUAUAAUAGCCUAAAAUAGAGAGUAUUAUGAUUUGAAAGUGUAGAUUUCACAAACUCUGUGUACUAAGUGGGUCUAUCUGAAGCUUAUAUCAAAGCUACCGAUAAAAUAAAAUUUAAAAAGAUCUGU